AUGUACUACGAAGCAGAAUCAUAUCCAAGUCCCGGUCUUCCUGUGAAAGAUCCCUGUUUAUCCUUUUGGCUUCAAAAUACACGCUCCUCCUCUCUACUUGGUUACCGAACCACGGAAUCUUUACCUCCUUCAGCCGAUGUAGUAAUUAUCGGAUCCGGACUUUCUGGUGCUGCUACAGCUUAUUACCUUCUUGUUGGACCCAAUGCUCCGAAAUCUGUGCUGAUGCUAGAAGCAAGGGAGGCUUGUGACGGAGCUACGGGAAGAAAUGGGGGACAUUGCAGGCCGUAUGUAUUCCAAGGUCACCAUGAAUACAAAGAAAUAUUCGGAAAAGAAGAAGCUUUAAAAAUUGCUGCUUUUGAAAUGGCAAACCUCCACCUUAUGGCCGAACUCAUCGAAGAAGAGCAAAUUGAUUGCGAUUUCUGGCUUGGUGAAUCUUUUGAGACAUGCAUCGACCAGGAGGCUGCAAACAAAAAACUAAGAUCGUAUCAGGAGUUCAAAGACGAUGGCGGGCCUCUAGAGGGUGUCGUCAAGUUGACCACGAAUGUCGAUGAGGCAAAGCGGUUGACUCGAAUGCGCAACGCAGUGCUUACCGCUUCCUUUCCAGCAGCUUCUUUGUUUCCAUACAAACUUGUCUCGCACCUCCUCCAGCUUUGUAUCUCCAAACACGGACUAAAUCUACAGACUCAUACACCUGUUACUGCAGUCACUUCGACUUCGACUUCUCUAUCGGCGCACGACCCUCGAUUGUCCACGGUGGAGUGGAUUGUAACAACACCUCGCGGGAAAGUCACUGCAAACAAAGUCGUGUUUGCCACAAAUGCGUACACUGCGACGCUACUUCCCGAGUUCCUGGGCAAUAUCGUACCCGGGCAAGGACAAUGUGCCGCGAUAGUACCGACCCCGUCGUUUUCAGGCACUAGGAUGAUGGAGAAGACGUGCUGCUAUCAUUGGGGCAAGGACAAUUUUGACUACCUUAUCCAACGCCCGAAAGACGGCGUUAUAAUCCUAGGAGGAGGUAAAGCUAGUGCGUCUCACCCUGGUGCCAUUCUUGGAUGUACGAAUGACUCUGGGCGUCCCGACGAUGGUGGAAAGCAAGCAGAAAUCACCGAAUACUUGAAGGGUGCAAUGGGCGAAUAUUUCGUAGGAUGGAAUGACUCAGAUUACAGUUCUGGAUCGGGCGCGCACCCGGACCAGAAACGGGAAUCUUUAAGAGUUGGUGAGGGACUUUUGUACGACUGGACAGGUAUCAUGGGUUAUACUCGGGACAAUAUCCCCUUCGUUGGCAACGUCGAAGGAAAAGCUGGCGCGUACGUUAUUGCCGGUCAUUGCGGGCAUGGUAUGGCCCGAAUCGCAUCAUGCGCCAAGGGUCUUGCGACUCUAAUGUCUGGUGGAUCUUGGUUAGAUACCGGUCUUCCAGGGUGUUUUCAGCCUACAAAGGAGCGAAUGAGGAAUAAGAAGAUGGAGACAACGACAUAA